AUGACCCGUCCUGCCUCUAUUUUCACAAUGGACGGUGGGGUGGCGAACAUCACCCUCAAUCUGAAGGAGUUCCAAAUAUCUUCUAGACGGCAGCGAGUCGAACGACAGAGGCAGGCGACGUGCGAUCAGCUGCUGAGCUGGUGGCAUGCUGAUUGUGCCAAACUCUGGGCUGAUGCCACUUCGACCGAGGCUCCCGAUCUGGAGGAUGAGACCAUACCUUGGUACUGCCCUAGAUGCACAUCACGUAAGGGUCGUAAACGUAAGAGGCGGGAAGAACACUUGAGAUACGAUAGGGUGAGGAUUUCUGAAGGAUUAACGGCUGAUGUCAAGCCCACUAUCUACUCAAUUUCGAUGACUAAUGGGUCCCUCCCCACGGUGGCUCGCGGAUCUGUCGAUCCCCAAGAGGGUUGUUCCACCGAGGAAAACGGCCAACCCCGAAAACCCUCCGAUUGCAAAAGCGAACCAAAUUGGAGCGUGGACAGCGACGGCCAUGCCCCAAAAGUAGACAAGGAUCCUUCCGAGCAGUCCAUGUCGGGGCCGCCGGUCGCGCUCGAGACUCUCGAGCGAGCGAGUCGAGUCGAGAAGAUGAUGACAAGAUGGCAAGAAUUCGCAAUGUGCGUGGAAAAGAUAACGGCGGCUGGCGCUCGGCGCACUUUCCGCAAAAAAGGGGAGGGCACAUUUUCUGAGGUCCUCCUAGGUCGCCACAUAAGAAGCAACCAGGAAGUUGCCAUAAAGUACUUGAAAAAUAAAUUUCAUUCAAUCGAUGCUGUGAACUCCUUCAACGAGAUCAGGGCCUUGCGAAUGCUCAGGGAUCAUCCGAACAUCGUGAGAUUACUAGACGUUCUGUAUGACAUCACCACGGGCAGCUUGGCGCUAGUGUUGGAAUUGAUGGAUAUGAACGUUUAUGAGGCGAUAAGAGGGAGAAAAUACUAUUUUCCGGAGCUCCGUGUGGGUCGGUGGAUGACGCAGUUGCUUUGCGCUGUAGAAUUCCUACAUGGAAAAGGGCUCUUCCACAGAGAUAUCAAACCAGAGAACCUAUUAUUGCACCAAUACGACACGUUGAAAUUGGCAGAUCUCGGGAGUUGCAAAGGUGUGUAUGAAUCGUUUUUCGAUCACAUCUUUAACGAAGGUAUUGACUAUAUUUCCACAAUGGAUAGUGGAAUGGCGAAUAUCACCCUCAAACUGAAAGGGGUCCAUUUUGUUAGUCACAAGGGUGUUACUGCUUCUAGACAUUGUGCGCGAUUGCACACGGCAGCGAGUCGAACGACAGAGGCAGGCGACGUGCGAUCAGCUGCUGAUGCUCUCUUUGUGCCGCUCUUCCCGGGCAAAAAUGAAGUUGACCAAGUGAAUAAAAUUCACAAGGUCAUGGGCUUACCCGCGGAAGACUUACUGAAGUAUUUCAAGAGGUCCUCCAAAUCGAAGGGUGAAAUCGACUUGUGGUUACGAAAAUGCAAAGUGUCCGAUGAGGCUAUAGAGACCAUCAAAGUGCUGCUGACCUACGAUGCCGAGCAAAGGCCUACAGCGACUGAGGCACUCAGACUGCCAUAUUUCGACUCUCACCGUUAUGCAGUGCCGGGUAUUCGAUCGUGGAUUUCCAUGACACUGAAAUGCCUUCGAAAGGAAAAGUGCCGAGCUCGGAUUUUAUACAGGAUAGCAAUAUGUCGGAGACCUCAGGAAGCACGGCUCGUUACCAACCUCAAAUGGGGUAUGAUGAUCUACCAAUCUCUGCCUGAAGCUCAUCGUGGAUAUGAUCAACGAGAUCAUGCCACCAUCGGGGGUCGAUUGAUGCGCGAAAACGAUCGCUUGUUGGUUGAGGCGGACGCAACUGUGAUGAGCGGAUUUGGGAGACAAAAUGGUAUGCGAAUGGAGCAGAUCUCGGAGACGACUCGGUUACCACCAAUACCACAACGGCAGCCUCAAGAGAGUGGGCAUUCAAGAGCAAUGGGGAUUGGCGUUGACGCCAGUCCUUAUCAGCAGCGACAUCACCGAAGGAGCAAUCGAGUAUACCAUAGAACUUUGCGUAUUGCAUCCGGUAGAACUCAGAUGCCAGCGUUGGAGCUCUCGAAUACACAUCUGACGGCUUGCUCCAAGUCCAGAUCACUCGUUAUGAAGAAAAUCUAA